GACGCAGCGAAGUGGCGUAACCCCAGCUGUGCUCCCGUUCAACUCUAUCACAACCCUUGCGCAGAUCGCGCAGUUUACGUUCUUCGGCCGGAGUGACAAAGAGAACGAGCACAGACCGACGGAGAAGAUAUAAAAAAGGAAAUUUCUGAAUUACCGUGCGGAUUCUGAUCACCGUUUCCUUUCGGAACCGCACGUUUGGCUCGUUUCUUGAACUACCCGUGUACAUUUGGGAUUUCUUAUCUGGUCAUCCGUGUGCAUGGAGUUAAGUGGGUCGGGGCGGCCGAGGAUAUCAGUCUUGAAAUUUGGCAAUUGGAAAAUUCUGAGUAUCGUUGGUUAGAGCAAGGAAGCCGCCAUGGCUGGUGCCACAGGAUCACUGGGUCUCCACCUCAGUAUAUGAAAAAUACUGAAUGGUGAUGAAAAACCACUUCAGUUUCUCAGCGUUUUGAGGGUAUUUUAGACACGGACCGUGUUCUUUGUGUAAAUCUCUGUUCCUGUCAGAGGGAAAGAAAGAGACGAGGAUCGUUGGGUUUCGUUCGAGCGGAACUGGGAAAAGGCCAAUUUCAUGAGUGUCUUAAUUCAUGACCGAAUUUAUCUGAGGUUUCAUCCUUGAAGGUAAAACUGAUAAUCACAGGAAAAUUAUGAUCUGAUCUGAAGAAGUUCCCUGAAUAAAUCGAUCGCGAAGGGACCCCGGACAGCCGAGCCGCUUUAGCCCAUUUUCCUUCUGAUUUAAGUCGUAGACAAACUGCUUCCCACUGGUCGAAACGGAUUCGUUUAAGACUAACGGUCGUAUUUUACUCUGAGAGACGUCUGCGUGGGAUUUCGGAUUGGAAAAUGUCCGGUCGGCCCAGAACCACCUCCUUCGCAGAGAGCUGCAAGCCAGUGCCGCAGCCGUCAGCGUUCGGCAGCAUGAAAGUCAGCAGAGAUAAAGAUGGCAGUAAAGUGACCACAGUGGUGGCGACCCCUGGACAGGGACCUGACCGGCCGCAGGAGGUCAGCUACACCGACACCAAGGUCAUCGGGAACGGCUCUUUUGGCGUGGUCUAUCAGGCCAAGCUGUGUGACUCAGGAGAACUGGUGGCCAUUAAGAAGGUCCUUCAGGACAAGCGAUUUAAGAACCGUGAGCUUCAGAUCAUGCGAAAACUGGACCACUGCAACAUUGUGCGUCUGCGUUACUUCUUCUACUCCAGUGGAGAUAAGAAGGAUGAGGUGUAUCUGAAUCUGGUGCUGGACUACGUCCCGGAGACCGUCUACAGAGUGGCGAGACACUACAGCCGCGCUAAGCAGACCCUUCCCAUGGUUUAUGUAAAGUUGUACAUGUACCAGCUCUUCAGGAGUCUGGCCUACAUCCAUUCCUUUGGGAUCUGCCAUCGGGACAUCAAGCCGCAGAAUCUGUUGCUGGACCCAGACACGGCCGUGCUCAAACUCUGUGACUUUGGCAGUGCUAAGCAGUUAGUACGUGGGGAGCCCAAUGUUUCCUACAUAUGCUCACGCUACUACAGAGCCCCCGAACUCAUCUUUGGAGCAACCGACUACACCUCCAGCAUAGACGUGUGGUCAGCUGGCUGCGUGCUGGCCGAGCUCUUGCUUGGACAACCCAUUUUCCCCGGCGACAGCGGAGUGGAUCAGCUGGUGGAAAUCAUCAAGGUGCUGGGCACCCCCACACGCGAGCAGAUUCGGGAAAUGAACCCAAACUACACCGAGUUCAAGUUCCCGCAGAUUAAGGCCCACCCAUGGACUAAGGUGAGUAAACAGGUGUUUCGGCCGCGCACGCCUCCUGAAGCCAUUGCUUUGUGCUCGCGGCUGUUGGAGUACACGCCGACCGCUCGACUGACCCCGCUAGAGGCCUGCGCUCACUCCUUCUUUGAUGAACUGCGGGAUCCCAAUGUCAAACUUCCUAAUGGACGUGAGAAACCAUCCUUAUUCAACUUCACAACUCAAGAGCUGUCCAGUAACCCAUCCCUGGCCUCUAUCCUAAUUCCUGCUCAUGCACGUAACCAGACAGGAGCCUCUACCCCCACCAACGCUUCUGCCACCUCAGAUGUCAAUAGUGGAGAUCGCGGUCAGACCACAACUGCAGCCUCUGCCUCCGCCUCCAACACCUCAACCUGAGAGCCCCAGCCAAUCAGACCUGACCCUGCCUCCGAGGCCACGCCCACCCUACUGCUCACCAGCUUAUCGGGCAGGAUUCGAGUCAUGUAACCGCCACUCUUAUUCAGACUGCAAGAGCCAACAACCUUCAUUUAUGAUUUUUUUUUUUUUUUUUCGUUCAGAACGA